UGAAGAACCAGCUGGGUGGCAUCUGUCAACCGCAUGAAGAACCCGCGGGCAUGUGGGCAUCCCAAGCCGAUUCGCAACUGUCCUGCCGUCCUCCAGCAUCCCUCGCCCUUCUGAUAGCCUGCCCACCGUGUGGCUCACACACACACGCCAACCAGGGAGAAGCGACACGCCGCGGCCUUCGCACAUGAGAGUGUGUGUGUGUGUGUGUCGUCGAUUAAUGACAGGAUAGAGUGGGAUCGCAGGAGGGCAAUGACGUCCAAGUUCACCCUGUGUCUGGAGUAUGGGGCCCCGAGGAGCUGACAGGACUGAGCGGGACUGUCGACGAUCAGACUGAUGAGGAGGCUGGCGGAGGCGGGGAGCGGGAUAGCCCCUCCAUCCUCGAGCAGUGGUUCCCCCAGUUGUUCGCCAGCAAGCGCCCCGAGGUCAUCGCUGUCGGCCCGCCUCUCAUUGGCCCCAAGACGGCCGACAAGGCCAACCUCAUGACGGGUCCGACGGGCGAGGGGGACACACCCAGGAUGAUGGACGACACCAUGGCACCCCUCUCGGCCGGAUCCUCGUCAGCCGCCGGCGGGACAUCCUCACCCUCGAAUCGCUCGCCGCCUUCUGUGCCGGCACACGGCUUCGUUCGCGCCGACUCGCAGCCGAUCGAGAUGUUCGACGGCAGCACUACGCCUGACGCGGCGGGCGGGGACCAGCUCAAGGGCGGGCAGCGGGCGUUCUCGUCCCUGGCAGCCCCGUUCGUGCCGUCAAUGUCAAUGUCGAUGUCGUCCAUCAAGCCGCUGGAGCCGCCUCACAUCUUUCCCUCUGGCGGGGCGGAUGGUGGCGCACCGUUCCUCAAACCGUUCCUCAACCACACACACGACGGCCCGGCCCCCCCGCCCCCACAUGUGCCGCAGCCAAGCGCGAUUUUUCCAUCGCUGUUGAUAUAUAGCAUGGCCUGGUUUGGUUUGGUUUGUCGACAGUUUCUGAGGCCGUCAGUGGCGGUGAGGAUCGAUGGGUGGACGGGAGAGGGCGCCCCGCAAGCCGGGCGACUGGUGGAACUUCAGGCCUGAACACGCCAUCCCACAUGGAGGUACGUAUGCGUGUCACUCAUCCGGGACCGUCGGAUGGAUGGAUGGAUGGAUGUGUUGUGUUGGUGGUGUGGUUGGCGUCAUGCAGCUUUGUCGUUUGGUCUGGUCAAGGAGCAGCUCGUGCCAUGGAUCAGGCAUUUCGUGCCGUCGUAUCCCGGCAAGGUGCUCAAGCGGCUGCGGUCUCAGCGCUUCCCGAGCGAUGUGAUCGCCUUCUUCGGUCCAAUCGAUGGUGCUGACCUGUCCAUCCGCAACGGGCAGCUGCGGCACCAAGCUGCACGGCACGAGCAGAUGACGUCUCUCAACAGGACAACCGCUGUCGUGCCCGAGACUGUGGGGUACCGGCGAGAAGCGGACCAAAGAUGAGAUGGAUGUAUGUAAUGCAGAGGCCAUACGGACCCCCACGAGAAAGGGACGCGAGCUUUGUUGGAUCGUCUCCCCGAAUGAAAACAACAAACAACUCUUUGCCUUGAUGAUCAAUAUGGCAAGGAGCAUCGCGUUCGUUGGGGGCGCUGAGCCUCGUGUGCGUUCUCAUCUUCUGACUACUAGUGCC